AUGACAAACGGUAACGAACAACAACAACAACAGCAACAGCAACAUGUUUUUCAUAGUUCAUUUUCAAUUCGAAGUGUUCUGGGUGAAGAUGAUACGAAAACAAAUAUUGAAAAAUUAUCUAAAACAGUUUCAUUUUAUACAUCUAUGCAACCAACAAAUCCAUUAAAACGAAUACGUGAUGACAGUAAUGAUGAAAAUGAACAUGAUAUAUCUCCUAAAAAACGUUCAACUUUAAUUCAUGAUAAUUCCGAAGAUCAUCAUCAUCAUGAUGACGUUGAUAUUGGUAGUACAUCUCCACCUAUAUAUAAUUCUGAAUAUGAUGAAGAUGAUGAUAUUGAAACAGAAGAAUCAAAUUCACAUAUAAAAUCUUCUACGAAAAAAUCUUCACCAUCUAUAUCAAGCGAAUCAUCAUUAGGUCAUACGUCUGGUUCGGAUGGUACUCAUAGUCAAACCAAUAAUGUUAAAGAAGAAAAACAAAUUUCAUCAUCGUCAUCAUCAUCAACAACCACAACACCAACAACACCAGCACCUAGAAAUAAAUAUGGUGUUAAACCAGCUUAUUCUUAUAAUGCAUUAAUUAUGAUGGCUAUACGUUCAUCAGCACAUGAACGUUUAACAUUAAAUGGUAUAUAUGAAUAUAUAAUGAAAUCUUUUCCAUAUUAUCGUGAAAAUAAACAAGGUUGGCAAAAUUCAAUUAGACAUAAUUUAUCAUUAAAUAAAUGUUUUGUUAAAGUACCAAGACAUUAUGAUGAUCCCGGUAAAGGAAAUUAUUGGAUGCUUGAUCCAUCAGCUGAUGAUGUUUUUAUUGGUGCCACAACUGGUAAACUUCGACGUCGAACAUCAACAUCACGAAAUCAUCGUUUAGCAGCAUUUAAACGUGCUGGUUUAGCACAUCCAAAUCCAUUUGUACCAACAUCAUUUCUUUCACAACAUCCACAUGCAAAUCCAUGGCCAUAUUCAGCAGCUGCUUAUGCAUCAGCAGCUGCCGCUGCUAUGUGGUCAGCAUCAUCAUCACCAGCAGCAGCAGUAGCAUGUCAACAACAACAACAACAAUUUUUAAAUGCUUUGAGUUCUCAUACUCAUCAUCCAACAAAUUAUGUUUUAGCAGCUGCUGAAGCUUUAAGACAUCAUCAAAUACCAACAAAUCGUUCAAUUUUAGCUGAACAUUUAUUAUCUGCUAGUUCAAUAUCACCAAAUAAAACGAGGUGA